CUCCGCCUACUCAUUCCUUCACCAAGCCACGCUUCCACCAAGUGGCUACUACGGGGCAAGCCAAGUAGCCAAGUAGCCAAGUAGGACUGCCUCGAUCCAUCGCCCAAUUAACACUUUCUCAGUGGGAGCGGAGCAUUCCAUUCGUUCGUAGGCCAAGUCUAAGCUGAGCGGCUAAAGAUAGUAUACUUGCCGGGGGCGAUGGAGGUGUGCAGCUGCUCCACCUCGUCGUCCGUUGUCCCCGCUGGGGAUCGCGCCGGCAGGAGGUUCGCCGCCGCGCCGUCGGCGGCCGCGGUGCGGUGGUGGGGCGCGGCGGGGGCCGGGAGGGCGGUGGUGCUGGCGCAGCCGCUGCUGCGGCCGGCGGCUGUGGCGAGGCCAGCGCAGGCGCCCUCGCGGCGCGCGCGGGCGCGGCGCGGCGGAGGGGUGAUCAAGGCGGUGUUCGAGCGGUUCACGGAGCGGGCCGUCAAGGCAGUGGUGCUGUCGCAGCGGGAGGCCCGGGGGCUCGGGGAGGCCGCGGUGGCGCCGCGCCACCUCUUCCUCGGGCUCGUCGCGGAGGACAGGUCCCCCGGCGGUUUCCUCUCGUCGGGGAUCAAUAUCGAGCGCGCGCGCGAGGAGUGCCGCGGCAUCGGCGCCAGGGGCGCGGACGCGCCCGCUGCGGCGCCGUCGACGGCCGGAUCGGGGCUCGACACCGACGUGCCCUUCUCCACGAGCAGCAAGCAGGUGUUCGAGGUGGCCGUCGUGCUGUCCAGGAACAUGGGCUCCAGCUUCAUCUCGCCGGAGCACCUCGCCAUCGCGCUUUUCACCCUCGACGAUCCCACCACCAACAACCUCCUUAGGAGUUUGGGAGCGGAUCCCAGUCAGCUAGCAUCUGCUGCGGUCCACCGUCUGCAUGCGGAGCUUGCAAAAGAUGGCAGAGAACCUGCAGGAGCAUCUUCUUUCAAAGUCCCAGAGAAAUCUCCUGCUGGAACUGGAAGAUCUGCCUUCUCCAAAUCCUUGAAUAAAAAGAAAGAUAAGGGUGCACUUGAUCAAUUUUGUUUAGAUUUGACCACACAAGCUAGUGGAGGUUUCAUCGAUCCUAUAAUAGGUCGUGAGGAGGAGAUUGAGAGAGUUGUUCAGAUAAUAUGCCGACGGACAAAGAACAAUCCUAUUCUUUUGGGUGAGGCAGGUGUUGGCAAAACUGCAAUUGCUGAGGGGCUGGCUCUUAGAAUUGCAAAUGGAGAUGUCCCCAUUUACCUUGUGGCAAAGCGUAUAAUGUCACUGGAUGUUGGUCUACUUAUUGCUGGUGCAAAAGAGAGGGGUGAAUUGGAGUCUAGGGUUACCAGUAUAAUUCGUGAAGUCCGGGAAGCAGGUGAUGUUAUUCUUUUCAUCGAUGAGGUUCACAAUCUUAUUGGAUCUGGAACUGUUGGAAAGGGUAAGGGUGCCGGCCUUGACAUUGGCAACUUGCUGAAGCCCCCGCUCGCUAGAGGUGAAUUGCAGUGCAUUGCGGCUACAACUCUAGAUGAACAUCGAAUGCAUUUUGAGAAGGAUAAGGCUUUGGCCCGGCGGUUCCAGCCAGUAUUAGUAGAUGAGCCUAGUCAGGAAGAUGCUGUGAAGAUUUUACUUGGUCUUCGUGAGAAAUAUGAAACUUACCAUAAAUGCAAAUUCACUUUAGAAGCGAUCAAUGCAGCAGUUUAUUUGUCAGCAAGAUAUAUACCUGACAGACAGCUUCCUGAUAAGGCUAUUGAUCUGAUUGACGAAGCUGGAAGUAGAGCUCGGAUGGAAUCAUUUAACAGGAAGAAGGAAGAACAGUCUUCAAUUCUCUUGAAGUCACCGGAUGAAUACUGGCAAGAGAUAAGAGCUGCUCAGGCCAUGCAUGAAGUGGUGUCAUCUAACAAGAUGAAAUAUAAUUCAAAUGAGAAUGAUCAAAAGAGUGGUACUACUGACGUUGAAGCACCUUGUGAAGACAAUACUGGGUCAACAUCUACCGCGUCACUCUCAGCUGACGAACUAGUUGUAGUUGGGACAGAAGAGAUUGCAAGAGUUGCCUCAUUAUGGUCAGGGAUACCAGUACAGCAGUUGACUGCUGAUGAUAAAAAGAUUUUAGUAGGACUAGAUGAUGAGCUCAGAAAACGUGUCAUUGGCCAAGAUGAAGCUGUUGUGGCGAUAUCUCGUGCGGUGAAGAGAUCGCGUGUUGGCCUUAAUGACCCUGACAGACCUAUUGCUACACUGCUUUUCUGUGGUCCAACAGGAGUUGGUAAAACCGAGCUUACCAAAGCUCUAGCAGCAAGUUAUUUUGGAUCAGAAUCUGCUAUGCUUAGAUUAGACAUGAGCGAGUAUAUGGAGAGGCACACUGUGAGCAAGCUGAUAGGCUCUCCUCCAGGGUACAUCGGAUAUGGUGAAACUGGUACUUUGACAGAAGCAGUCAGGAGAAAACCAUUUACCGUAGUAUUGCUUGAUGAGAUAGAGAAAGCUCACCCUGAUAUUUUCAAUAUCCUUCUCCAAAUCUUUGAAGAUGGACAUCUGACAGACUCGCAGGGCCGCAGAGUUUCCUUCAAGAAUACCUUGAUUGUCAUGACGUCAAAUGUUGGUUCUACAUCAAUUUCAAAGGGAAGACAGAGCAUGGGUUUCUUGAAGGAAGAUACUGAGUCAAGCUCGUAUGUCGCAAUGAAAUCCCUUGUAAUGGAAGAGCUGAAGGCAUUUUUCCGGCCAGAGUUGCUCAAUAGAAUUGAUGAGAUGGUUGUGUUCCGUCCUCUGGAGAAGUCUCAGAUGCUGGCCAUUCUUGAUAUCAUCCUGAAAGAAGUGAAGGGCAGGCUUUUAGCCCUUGGGAUAGGCUUAGAGGUUUCUGAUGCAAUGAAAGACCUGAUUUGCCAAGAAGGAUACGACAAGAGCUACGGCGCGAGGCCGCUGAGGAGAGCUGUCACCCACCUGAUUGAGGAUGUCAUCAGCGAAGCGAUUCUUUUUGGCGAGUUCAAGCCUGGUGACACGAUACUGAUGGACAUCGAUGCCGAGGGGAAGCCUUGCUUGAGCCAUCUGGACGAACAGAUCGUCCAGGUUUCUGACCCAACACGGACAUUCUGAAGUUCAGCAUCGGACAUUCUGAAGUUAUGCUUCCAAUGUAGUAGAGAGUAGAGAUCUAAUUUUUUAUUCUUUGAAGCAUCGAGAUUAUUAAUUCUUUCAUACGUAGGCACAGAGUAUUUCAUUAUGUACAUACCAACCAGAUAGGGGAAUCUGGCUAGCUAUUAAUGCUGUUCCAAAAAUCUUAUCCAACUGUAUAUUGCUCCCGUUCAAUUGAACAAAUACAUAAGCCUGAAACUGUCAAGUUGCCACACCUUAUUGUUCAGGUGUGUUA